UCUCUCUCUCUCUCUCUCUCUCUCUCUCUCUGGCACGCGCGCAGAGCACCAAACUUCUUCUUUUUGGUAACAAACUUUCCAUGAGAAAUCCUUUUAUGGAGCCAUGUCCAUCGUCCUCAGUCCUGCUAUUUACAUCAAGUUCUAGUCGCCAUAAACAAUAUUAACCCCCAAAUGAUCACUUACUCUCUCUUUUCUUCUUCUUCUUGCUUCACCAGCUUUCUGUACACGCUAAGUUGCUAAUGAUCAGAGAAGAAAAUAUAGCUGAGUUGUCAUAUACAUACGUACAUAUAAUCAAUUAGCUGUUGAAGCUAGGGUUUGAUCAAUGAGUGGUGAAGGGAACAGCUGGGCCACGGUGCCGCCACCACUGGUGGCUCCGCUGAACUUGGAGAAGGAAGACAACUGGAAGCAUUUUGAUAACUCGGUCAAUGCGGUGUCGUUUGGAUUCGUAGCCACCGCCAUUCUCAUUUCAAUGUUCCUUGUUAUGGCUAUUUUCGAGAGGUUUCUCCGACCAAGAUCCUUGCAGCCUUCCUCUGCUACUUCCACCUCCCGUUCCGAUCUCGAGGCUCAAAUUGUUGCGUUCAACUCCAAGCUCCAUUCACCUUCCCACAAGAUGACAAUAUAUUCUAAAGAGGUAUCAGUACUAAUGCCUGGGGAGGAGAUGCCAACCUUCAUUGCACACCCUGCACCUGCACCAUGUCCUCCAGAGCACAUCUUAAAACCUCCCCAUCACCAGAAAAACCCUUCUGAUCUUCAUUUCUCAUCUUCAAGCUCUGUGAUCACAAGCUAGAAGGUAACUUAAUUUGACUUGAAAAUACUUGAGCAGCCAAUCACAAGGUGUCUUGGGCUUUGAUUUUCACCGAGUUUUUUAGUGAUUGUGUGAUGCAUGCAUGUCAUCAAUCAACCUAGGAUGCCAUGUCAAUAAUGUGGAGGCCAUAUGGUUAUGUCCGUGUCCGUGUCCAUAUUUGUAUAUUUUUGGAUUUUAUGAAAAUUCCAUGUUUUUGC